AUGGAUGACUCACCAGCUAAGAGUGGCACUGUGUCGCGGAUGCCAGUCUACUUCUUGGGAAUUGGCGGACCCAACUUCAUGGAAGAUACGGGACACCCUGCCUACUCCCAGUUGGCAAAGGUUGGCCGAGAGAUUACAACACUGGUCAAACCGAAAGCGGUGGUUGUCUUCUCUGCACACUGGCAACACAGUCCGACCAAGAUUGCAAUUAACGUCGCUGAGAAAACCGACCUCAUUUACGACUUUUACGGCUUUCCACCCCAUUACUAUGAAUAUGACUAUCCCAACGAAGGAAGCCCCGUGGUUGCUCAAAAAGUCAUUGAUGGAUUGGCGGCUGCGGGAAUCCAAGUCGACCGUGUGAAGCGAGGCCUCGAUCAUGGCGUCUGGGCUGGAUUCAUGGUUGCCUUUGAUCCGAAGAAGAACCCUUUGGGUGUGCCGAUAGUCCAAGUGUCGUUAUUGGAAAGUGAUGAUUGGGAGCAACACUACCGUAUCGGACAGGCCUUGGAAAGCCUACGGGACGAAGAGAUUCUGAUCGUUGGUGCUGGAAUGGCAGUCCACAACCUUCGAGACUUUCGGGCCAUGAGGGCGAGUGGCAAGACGACGCCGAUGCCGUUUGCGUUCACCUUUGACGAGGCUCUAAAGGAGGCUGCCACCGCAGAGCCCGAGUGGCGUCAGGGAGCAAUGUCGGCUUUGAUGAAGCGUCCCGAUGCACGGGAGGCACACCCUAGCCUGGAGCAUAUCCUUCCCAUGUAUAUAAGCGCAGGUGCCGCUGGCUCAGAUGUAGGCGAGCAGCUGUGGACUCUCCCUGAGAAGAGUUUGAGCUGGGCACAAUAUCGUUUUGGGAAGGUUCCUGCGGCAUAA